GAUAGGUAGUGGAGUGAUACGCUUUCCUGACUAAACUAACGUCUUGGUCUUGUCACCCGCGGCUUAGUGGCCGGUUCAGUCAACAUAAAUCUGAACCUUCGAAAAGACACCACGUUUAUCUAUCAGUAAUCACAGACCACUUUUGCCCCGGAUUUUACACCAACCAAAGUUCUCAACGCAGGGGUCCAAUCAGCCAGUCGCCGGAAUUUUUAAAUCGUCGCUAUUGGAUUUUCCCAGCGUCGUUUGCGAAAAAUUAGUCCUUAUCGGAACCCUCACGGGCCCUUUCUCCUCCGACAGCCUUCGGAUUCGCCAUCGUCCUCUAGGAAAGGAAACGAGGAACUGCAGGAAGGUGGGACAAGUUAGAGGCUCAUAAAAACAACGGACAUAUCUUUGCUCGGGCACAGGAUCAGAGCCUUGCCACCAUGCCGUCUGCCACAGCGUCUGGGGUAGACAAUGGCGGCUCUGCGAAAUCCCGCGAGCACAGUCAAGGAAAUCAAGACCGCAAAUAUACCCCGGAUCAAAAGGCAGCCGUACUACGGAUACGGAAAUGCUCGUCGACUGCAUACUACGAGAUUCUGUCUCUGGAGAAGACGGCCACGGAUGGCGAGAUCAAGAAGGCGUAUCGCAAGUUGAGUCUGUUGACACAUCCCGAUAAGAAUGGGUAUGAGGGGGCCGACGAAGCAUUCAAGAUGGUGUCGCGCGCUUUCCAGGUCCUAUCGGACUCGGACAAGAAGUCUAGGUAUGAUAAAUUCGGAGGAGAUCCGGACAGCAGAUUCGGCCCCAGCUCUGGGCCUUCGGGUGCUUCUCCUUUCAGCGGAUUUGGCGGUGGCUUCCCACGCUCAGCAAACCCUGGUGGUGGGAUGUACGAAGAGGAGAUAUCGCCGGAGGAGUUGUUCAAUCGCUUCUUCGGUGGCGGUUUUGGUGGUAUGGGAGGUGGCUUCAAUACUUUUGGUGGUCCUCAGUUUGUAUUCAACAUGGGGGGUGGGCCCGGGUUUAGGGUCCAUCAAUUCGGUGGUGCUCGGCCUCGCAGGAGGCCGCGCGAAGCGAACAGUCAGCCCGAACCAGCGCCUUCGUUCUGGGCCGCUAUUCAGCAAUUCUUGCCUCUCAUCCUUCUUUUCGUCUUCCCUCUGCUUUCUUCUCUUUUCUCCGGCUCCUCCACGCCCGCAGGCCCCUCAUACAGAUUUGAUGCAGCAGUACCCCCUCACACGAUGCAACGGACAACGCCGAAACUCCACGUUAACUAUUUUGUUAACCCGGGUGAUGUAGAAGACUUCAGCGCGCGCAAGUUCCGUCAGUUAGACCAACGGGUUGAAGUGGAAUACGUCAGCAAGCUCCGGUAUGCGUGUGAGAGUGAAGUACACGCCCGGGACCGUAUGAUUCAGGACGCCCAAGGCUGGUUCUUCCCCGACGUAGAGAAGAUGAAGGCGGCAAGAUCCAUGGAGCUUAAGAGUUGUCGGCAGUUAGACUCGUUGAAAGGAAGAUACUAACCGACAUGACAACGGGUUUUUUCACUUGCGUUCUUUUCUCUCAACAAAUACCGUGACGUUGUUUUAUUAGCCGCAUCUAUUUCUUUCAUACUUAAUGUUGUCCACGCAGUAUUCUGGGGGCCCUUUCGUUUCCAAUUAGAUGUCAAUAUAUGUGCCGAGGUUGAUGGCGUCGCAUGGUCAGAGAUGUUGCUGGGAAGUCUAUAACGAUAUGCGAUAUAAAUAGUAUGAGUCUCAAUCAUUGUAUGUACAUGGAGAAAAUUAAGCGAUUAACUACUAUGAUAGAGAUUGGGAUCACUGAUACGGCGGCAGUAAUCG